AUGGAACAGGCUAUGCAUGCUGCUGCGCUAAUGCAACAGCAGUGGUUUGCCGCUCACCAGGCCCAGCGAAAGGCGCAGAACGCCGCGAAAGCUGCAAAGCGAGCGCUGGCAAGUCUCCAGAAGCUGCAGCAGGACAUGGCGACCUCUAGAAACACCCAGGCGGCAAAUUUCUUGAUGCGGCAGAAGAUGACCGGCAAGGCCCUCCUUGGAGGACUGCAUUCGCCCAUUGCAGUCACCCAAGUCCCUGAUGAUGGCGAAGAGUUUGAUGAAACCACAACAAUUCAGCCAGAGCAUGUCGCUCGUGAACCUGGCCUUCAUGUCGCGGACAUGGGUGGUGAUUAUGAACACACCUUGCAACUCGAGGGGGAUGGCUUCGAAGUGGAACAUGGGAAUCUCGAUGAGUGCGAGCCAGAUCAGGAGGAUGAUCAUGGAGACAUGCAGCAGCCUGAUGACAAGACACUUGUUCCGGAUGACCAGCCCCAUGAAGAUGAAUUGGACGAUGAGUUGCAGACAUUGCUUCAAGAUGAUGCGACUGUUUUUCCGGAUGAAACGGAAGACUCGCAGACACAGAUGCCUGUGGAUGAUCCACUUCAGGGUCAUCAUUUUGAUGGCAGUGGUGAUGGUGAUGAUGCAGUGGCGCGUGACCUUUGGACAGAUGCUGAAAAGCGUAUCCAGUUGCCUGGCAUUGACAUGCCAAUUGGCGCGCGUAAGAAGCGUCGCACAGCCUGA